AUCAAAGAUCCUUCCUCCCCGAUUUUUGUACUGUCUGAUUACUCUGUGAUUACGCCGCUUUAAAGCUCUCUGCAGUUUGCUUUUCACUAGUCUAAUGAGGGUUAGCUGAAGACAUCUUUGAUAGUUAUGAUCAUAGAUAUAUAAAGCUUUAUAUAUCUAUGGUUAUGAUCACUAUUUAGCGUUCUAGAUCGAAGCAGCAAUGAAAAUUGCCUAACUCUGAAUAUGGAUGUGUAGCGUAACGUUCAGUUAAGACAUUUCUUUGCGUCACGUGGAUCUAAUGUUAAUGUUGAACAUUAUGGAAACAGACGAACAAGCGAGGAACCGGUUUCAAUCAGAGUUAGAAUUUGUUCAGUGUCUGGCCAACCCCAAUUACUUGAACUUUCUUGCUCAAAGGGGAUAUCUGCGCGAGAAGGUGUUUGUGAAUUACUUGAAGUACUUGCUUUACUGGAAAGAGCCAGAGUAUGCCAAAUUUCUCAAGUACCCUCACAGCCUACACAUGUUGGAACUACUGCAGUAUGAACACUUCCGUAAGGAGCUGGUGAACGCACAGUGUGCCAAAUUCAUCGAUGAGCAGCAGCUCCUGCACUGGCAGCAUUACUCCCGCAAGCGGACUCGUCUCCAGCAGGCACUGGCUGAACAGCAGCAGCAGCAGCAACCACAGCAGCAGCCUCCACAUGGAAAUACUACCUCUAAAUGAAGGUCAGACAGACCAGGAGACCCAAGACAAAGUGACUGUAGUUGACCCGGAGUCAUUGAUCACUAGAGCUGUUGCAAAAGAUGUGUGUAACUGUGUCAUGACCAUUUAUAUGUUAUUACAUUGUGUUACAUUGACAUAGGCUAAUGCCCUUUGGAUUUCUGAUCUCUGUACCUGUACAAAACUAAUGAUGAAACUUGAUUAAACUGAAGCUAGAACU